AUGGCCACUCUUCGCUCCGCGUUCAUCCUCGCAUUGGUCCUCGUCUCUCUCCCUGCGCUCUAUGCCGCGGCUGCGCCACUGCGGGGUGACGUGGCUGGUGGAAUUGCAGGCGUGGACGCGGCGAGUUGGGGCCGCAAGCUGCUGGAAGCGAGCGGCGGUGACGUGGACGUGGGUGGCGAGGAGGAGGAGGUGGGGGAGGCGACGGACGGGCUGGACGAGGCGGUGCAGGUGCUGCUGAGCUGGAAGAAGAUCAAGAACGGGAUCAAGAACGCGGCGAAUCAGGCGGCGAAGAGCGAGGCGGGGCAGAAGGCGGGAGGGUUGGUGAAGAAUGUGGUGAAGAAGGGCGGCAAGGAGGCGCUCACGGCUGCAGUCAACGCGUUCCGCAGCGGCAAGGGCGCCAAGGGUGCCCUGCAGGCGGGCUCUGGCUCGUUCAUGCUUCUUCUACCAUAA